UCUCACCGUCGACGAGAGAACGCAAUUUACCAAGAAAUAUAGCGAAGCUCGUAGAGAAAGCUGCCGUGGACACUUGUGCUCUGCAUCUGGCUUUUUGCGAUUUGCAAUGCCGCAUCCGUUACACAUCCAACAAGGUAAACAGGAACCCAGAGUCCCGAAAAGCAUUAUAUAUAAAUCCCACCGACCCUUCCAACGCAGUAAAGCUUGCAGAGAACGGAGAUGAAAGCUGUUUGGACCCUUAUACUUUGCACCGGGCUGUUUGCGAUUUGCAAUGCCGCAUCUGUUACACAGACAAAAAGGAGUGAGUUGACCAUCCUUGAGCAAGCCUGUACCACCAUGAGAAGCGGCCAAGUGCGAUACAUCGCCGUGUCAAACCUGCUCGAGAUCUGCAGCAAUCAGCGAUGGACGCCCUUCUCACCGUCCCACCGACUUCGACUCGGACUCAUCGGCCACUGGAAAAUGGACGAGCAGUCAGGCAAUGCUGUCGAUGAUGAUUCGGGAAGCGGACAUCAUGGCAUCGCGGCAAACGCUUCCCCCCAACCAGCGAAAUUUACCCGAGGGCGGAGAUUCCGCUCCAGUGGCUCCAUUACCAUACCAAAUGCCCCAGGACUAAACCUUGGCACUAAGAGCUUUUCAGUCGCAGGCUGGCAGAAUAUUGUUAACGUCGUCUACCCGCGAACAACCUUCGCCGUUCGGAAGGGAUUCGGGUGCUACUUCGGGCCCGGUCGGAAGGGUUGGGUCCCAGGCUUCGAGACAGGGCAUGGUUACAAAGCAGAAGGCACUGACGUCUGUAUCCGGGACAAUUUGAAUAACAUGGUUCGAGCCACGCUCGUCCAUGAUGACGGGUCCAAGGGAGGAGACGUUCUGAAUCGGUGGGUGCACUAUUUGUUCACCUUUGACCGGGAGGCGGGGGUUGUCACGCUGUACCUAAACGGCCGUAAGCAGCAGAACACAGUCGACAUCCGGCGCGUACGCGGCAGCAUUGACAACGACAAGCCGCUGGAGUUUGGUGAGCUGUACGGAUGGAAAACCCAGGGAACUCUGGACGACUACAGGUUGUACAACUACGCGCUGAGCUACCACGAAGCCAAGAUGCUUUAUCUCGACCAUCACUUGUAAAACUAUCACUACUUCUCCUUGGGAAUGGAAGUUUGCUUAUCCCCCUCCCCCUAGUAAUGUUGCUUGUGAUUUUUCUCCUUCCGUGUAGAAAGGGGUGAUUUCAUUAGUUUAUUAGUUUUAUUAAGAGUGUUUCACAAAUAUAAUCUCAGUGUUCAACUUAGUGUGUAACAACAUAAUAGUUUGUAAUCAACAUAAUGUUCAACCUGUGUCAUCAAAGUUAAAUUUUAACGAAGUGCUUCAAGUUUCUGUAAACGCGAAAUUUCCCAAGCAA